GUUACAGCUAUGGCGCAUGAUGAGAACUUGCCAGACAAGCCGGAAGUCACAUUCGACUUCAAUCUUCCCCACGGCAUCGAUGUUGAGGAAAAUACCCUUCCUUCAAAGGAUCUUACAAAACAACCAACCAUAACACAGGAUCCCGACGAUGGCGACGACGCUCCGAUACAAGACCUCUUCUUUACUUCUGACCCUGGGAUGAGCGGCCACGAGGAUACUGAGCAAGAUUUGAACUACCGCCAGUUCUCUCUUGAUUUCUCUGACUACGAAGGCAGUGAAAGAGGAUUUGAGCGCUCCUGGCCCAGCCACCAAGCGAAGAAGCAGGCAGCGAAAGCAGCGAGGGGCAAGAAGUCACCCAGACGCUCGGAUGCUGAAGGAGACGAUUCCGACUCAGGCACACGAGCGAAGAAGCCACGUCCGUUCUUGUUUGGUGGCCCUGAAGAAGACAUGGAGAACGAAGAGCAAGUCGACAACCUCUUUGCGCCUGCGACCCCAGGACGCGGUAUCGGCAAUCGCAUGUCGAGCUUGAACCUGGACCAGCAGCAGAACGGUGAUGAGGAUAUGGAAAGGCCAAUAAACACAGGCUUCGGUUUUGCUUGUUCCGACAUAGGGAGCGUCCACGACUCGUCCGUUCCUUCUGACGAUGAGUUUGUCAAACCUCCAAAUACUGUGGCACACUACGAGUUACGCCAGAACAUCAACCACAAGAAAGCCCUCACACACGUUGACACCGACAAGUCCGGCAACUGGGACCCCGAGCAGGAAGCGAAGGAGAAGGCGGCCAAGCUGGUCCGCGCCAAAGCAACCAAGAGGGAGAAGAAGAAGAAGAAGAAGAAGAAGAAGGACAAGAGCGACACAUUCAGAGAUUACACUAUGAAGUGCAUCGUCAAGCUCCCCUUUGAUGCGUUCGGUAACGUACGCAACAUAACCAACGACCAGCAGAACUGGCCAGAGGAUUGGUCAGAUAUCGACUCUGAGCAAGAGCGCGAGCUCGAAGAGCAUCGGGAAGCCUACCGCCACAACACGCCUGACCGGGGGCUGCAGCUACCUCUGGAGGACCCUGCUGGCGAAGUAGAUGAUCUCACCGGACAUCCCGCAGCACGAGGCUGCAAGCAGUGCCGCAAACUUGAGCAAGCUUGCUCGAUCGUCAAAGGCGGCAAGUACCCCUGCGAGGAGUGUGUUGAAGAUGGCGGCGAAUGCCAGCCUAUCCGGGAGCCCAUAGCCAAGGGCCGCUGCAAGCAAUGUGAUCAGGCCCAGGAAGAGGUCUGCUCCUUCGAAGAUGACCCUACGCAGCCAAUCUGUGACCAUUGCGCUGACAACGACCACAUCUGCGAAGCCCUGCCUCCCGAUGGCUAUAAGGCCCCACGUGUCGAUCUGGAGGAGAUCGCUUACGGUCCAGAUCGACCCUACGCCGCAUGCACAGCAUGCCGCAUUUUCAAAAAGCGAUGCAGUCUCAAAGACAAAGAAGAUCAGCCGCCCUGCAAGAACUGCAAGAAGAACAACCUCGGCUGCACGUUCUAUCACCUGCCCAAACAAGACAGCGAGAAGCAAACAGCAGAGAAGAAAACUCUGAUUGAGAAGAUUGCGCCGGAAGUCGCGAAGUUCAACUCCGAAUCCUUCACCGCAGAGGAUCUCGCAGGCAUGGAUCGACGAAACAACGAAGUCCUGGAGCGUGAGCCAACGCCUGAACUGGAGAUGGAAGAUGCUGAAGGCAACAAAGGCAUGCUCACCAAGAUCACCACCUCCUUUGCGCACCCCAUCAGAUUUGGUGUUGAGAGAUCAACUCUAUCGGACUGCAACUUCUGCGAGCUCCCCAUCUUUGGUAUGGUAGGUCACUUCGAGAGGGAAGUUCACGUCAUUCGCUGGCACUCCGGUCUCGGAUACGCAGAGGUCGGCGGCGGUCAUUGCCAGAACACCGGCGAGACGACAAUGUGCACUGAAUGCACAAACCAGAGGCUGCAGAUCUUGAUAUGUCCCGGACACGAAUUCGAACGCAUUCCCGACGCCACUUCCGACUACAAUGCUCUGACCGAAGAGCUGGCCGAAGCCGAGACUGGAGGAGCUGAUAUGCAGUAUCAGUUGUCAAGAUGGUGCUCGAUGUGCUUCUCGCCCGCUACAUUUGGUUGCAGUACUGUACAGCCAGAUCUGUGCGGAGAUGAAGAGAAGGAGAUUGCAGGCUGCCACCUGAGGCUCUGUACUGCCUGUGAGAAGGCAUUGCGAAUCGACUAUGGAGGCAACUUUGAUCAUAUGGCGGCUGUGCUUGAAAGUCAGCCGAAAAUCAGUGAGGCUGAUGAAACCCUAGGAACAAAAAUAAAGGGCAGGCCUCGAGCGGACGUCGGGCUUCUGAUGGAAAAUGGCUUACUCAUGCGAAAGGUUCAGGCUGAAGGUUGACGACGACAUAGUCGCUCAUUGCAAGAUAUACGUGGACUCAAUUCU